AAGAGCAGAUGUACUAGAGGUAAGAUCUGCGGAGUGACCAUGUUGGGUGUUACCCUACUCCUGACCUCAAUAGUAGUCACAGUCACUGUUUACCCCUACUUCCCCCGGUCAUGUGACACAGCUACUGGUCUCCUGCCUGGUGAUAUUAUCCCUGUACACUAUGAUCUUUGGCUAUAUCCUGAUCUUACCACCUUAACUUUCCAAGGAAAAGUUGAGAUACAGAUAAAGGUGCUCAAAAGAACGAAAUGUAUCGUGUUGAACUCACUCGACCAAAACAUAACGGAUAUUAAACUGAAGCAGAAGGACGGGACCCUGCUUAUGACAGAGGACUUCUCUUUUGUAUCAGAGCACGAGUUUCUAGUGAUCCCUCUGCGAGCGAAGCUAGAGGAAGAGGAGUACACACUGGUGAUAGAGUACGAGGCGGAGGUGCGGCACGCCCUCAAGGGUUUCUACCGCUCUUAUUACACAACCAGUUCCGGGGAGAAAAGAGUUGCAGCAGUGACUCAGUUCGAGGCGUCGUACGCGCGCCACGCCUUCCCCUGCUUUGACGAGCCUCAGUAUAAAGCCACAUUUACCAUCUCCAUCGUGAGGGACACGGAGCAUACAGCUCUCAGUAACAUGCCAAAGAACGCGACAGUAGCAUACGGAAAGGAUGGUUUAUUGUUGGACACGUUCGAGAAAAGUGUUAAAAUGAGUACUUAUUUAGUUGCUUUUAUGGUUAUGGACUUCACAAGUCGAUCAACUACCACAUCUUCUAAUGUGCUGAUACGGAUCUGGUCUCGCUCGGAAACGGAACACCAGACUGAGUACGCUUUGGAAUGCGCUAAGAAACUCCUGGAGUACUACGAGGGUUUAUUUGGAAUUCCAUUCCCUCUUCCUAAACAAGAUCUGGUAGCAGUGCCUGACUUUAACAGCGGUGCAAUGGAGAACUGGGGGUUAAUUACCUACAGAGAGACCAGUAUAUUGUACGACAAAAAAGAGACCAGUAACUCAUUUAAAAGACGUGUUGUGAGUGUUAUUGCGCACGAACUGGCCCAUCAGUGGUUCGGCAAUCUCGUCACUAUGAAGUGGUGGAAUGAUCUGUGGCUAAAUGAAGGGUUCGCUAGCUACAUGGAGUACGUUGCCAGUGAUGUGGUAAAACCUGAGAUGGGCAUGCAAAUGUACCUACAGAAGAAUGGAAUGCAGCGUGCUUUAAGUGCUGACUCCUUCUCAAACUCUCACCCAAUUUCAAGCGAGGCUAACAACCCAGCGUCAAUUGCGGAGAUGUUUGACGCUAUUUCUUACAGAAAGGGGGCAUGUAUAAUACGUAUGUUGAACGAAGUUUUGGGAGAUAAGUUGUUCUACGAGGGUAUCAACAGUUACCUCACUACAUACGAGUAUUCCAACGCGGAGCAAGGUCAACUCUACACCGCUAUUAACGAGACUGCUAAACACAUGGAUCAAGCAAUAGACAUCGGCGAGUUCAUGGGAAGUUGGACGCUACAGAUGGGUUACCCUAUAGUUCAUGUGAAACUAACUGGAGAAAACAAAGUCCAGAUUUCUCAGACGAAAUACAAGUUCCCCGGCGAAGUGGAGACUGAGUCCCCCCUCGGUUAUAAAUGGCACAUACCGUUCUGGUACCAAACAAACGAGGAAACUGGAAGCAACAAGUUCCUCUGGGUAUCUGAAGACUCGGUAGAGUUUGAGACAAAAGAGAACACCAAGUGGAUCCUGGGAAACUCUCUAGCAAGAGGCUUCUACAGAGUCAACUACGAUGCGGAGAACUGGGGCAAGAUUAUAGAUUUACUACACAACAGUCAUACAGUCUUUCAUGAAGUGGACAGGAUGAAGAUUAUAGACGAUUUGACGUCCAUCAGCCAGGUAGUAGAUGAUGUGGAUAUAACACUGGCGCUUGAAGCAAGCUUGUACUUGAGGAAUGAGUUAUCUCUAUACACUCUUACAGGAAGUCUUACCUCACUUUCUAGAAUCAUUGGUAAGCUAGCGGUGCUUGAAGAGUACGGUGACGAGAUCAACUCCUUCUUCCUCCACAUAAUGGAACCUGUCGUUAAGAGGAUAGGAUUGGAGCCUAAAGAAGACGAUGACUUUCAAACAGGGUUGUUCCGCGGGGAGAUCCUGACAGAAGUAGCUCAACACGGUUACCAGCCAGCUGUAGAUUAUGCACACAAGCUGUAUCAAGAACACAUCUCUACUGGACAACAGGUAGAAGCUAAUCUGUACGCUUUUGUGUACGCGACAGUAGCUAUGAACUGUACCGAGAAGGAGUGGGAAGCUAUUUUCCAGGAGUACACUAAGGAAUCCCUGCAGAGCAAGCAAAGAUAUCUUAUGAAGGCGUUAGCGUCCACUUUUAAUGUGGACAUCGUCAAGAAACUCCUCAAAUACACCAUGGAUGAGAAGAUGAUCAGAAGACAAGACGCCAGGAUUGUUCUGAUGCACAUAUCUAUGGGAAGCUACCCGGCCAACUACGCUACCUGGGACUUUCUCAGAGAGAACUGGGCCUUCUUCUAUGAAGAGUUUGGUCACACUAACUCAGGGUUCGACCUGCUCAUAGAAUCUGUUAUCGGCCAGUUUUACAAAAAGGAAGAUAUAGAUGAAGUUAACAAGUUCUUUGAUAACAAGGACGAUUUGGGCAGCAUUGAGAGAGGAGUUAAAAAAGGUCUAGAAGCAGCCUCACAUCGGAGAGAGUGGUUGAAGAAACAUAAAGAGCAUGCUGGAGGCUGGUUAAAAGUUAACUUCCCCCGAGACUAG